AUGACUCAUCUGACAGUUUGCCCGUCUUUGUCCUCAGAUUGGCAGGUUGCCACGCUGGCCUUGUUGCUAGGGGGCGGGGCCUUGGUGCUGAUGUCAUUCCUGGUGGCCCUGGUGGCGGUGUGCAUCGGGACGAGACGGCGCUUCUACGGCCCGGUUGCCUGUAUGCUGUUUGCGGCAGUCGUCCUCCAAGCCUGCAGCCUGGUCCUCUACCCCAUCAAGUUCAUCGAGAGCAUCAACCUGAGGAUCUACCACGAGUUCAACUGGGGCUACGGUUUGGCCUGGGGAGGGACCAUCUUCUCUUUCGGAGGCGGGAUCUUGUAUUGUCUCAAUCCGAAAAACUACGAGGAUUACUACUAACUGCUAACUGCUAACUCGGACCUCCAAACGCAGCGUCGGUUAAACUGUUUUUGGCUUGACUUCCGUGGAUUCUGGCUGGAUUCAAGCUGCUGAUAAAUGUCUGUCCCUUGGGGGGGAGUAGCCGUCUUCUCUUCACACCUCUGCCUCAGAAACACAAGCACUGUGACUUGCACCUUCUGCUGUCCGCUCCGGAUAAGAACCCAGAUC